UGUGAAACUUUAAAGUUUUUAAUUUAUAUUCGUUUUUAAAAUUUUAAAUAUAUUAUAUACAAAAAAAUCUAAAUUUUAAUUAUUUAAUUUAUUUUUAUAAUAUAAAUUAAACAAAAAGAAGAUGAUACGCAAACUGUUAUCAAUCUUUAUUACUCAAAAUCAUUAAUUGUCAUAUAUAGUUUAGUCAUAUUGGGUAAUUUCAUAGUUUUUAUUUUUUUUAAAAUAUAUAUUUUUAUAGAUUACUAGUUAAUUUUAUGGUUAGUUUAAUAAAUAUUGUAAUAUAUCUCUUUUAAUAUAUAAGAUAUGAUUACCAAAUUAUUGUUUAUCUUUACAAGGCCUCAAGCUAAUCUCAAAGAUUGGCAAACAAAAACUGGAUUCUCCAAAUUAGGUCCAACAAAGAAUUUACGUGGCCUUUACGCCUAUAAAGAAGUGCCGGUGGAUUAAGAAACCUUUAAAAACCCUAAACCAUAUAGUUAAUGACGGCGAAGACGAGGGAAAGUGAUAAAAAAGGCUCUUCUUCUUUAACCAACUUAGAUCAUAUGGCUUCAAAGAUUUCUGCUAAAAAGAAUGAUGAUUCUGACUACGAAAUCAUUGAAGGCGAGUCUAAGACCGCUUUAGCAGCAGCCGGCACGAGUCCUUGGAUUGAUUCUGCAACGUUGGAGCUUCGGCAUCGAAUUGGAAGAGGUCCCUUUGGUGAUGUUUGGCUGGCUACUCAUCAUCAGUCCACAAAGGACAAUGAAGUGGCCAUCAAAAUGCUUCAUCCCAUCAAUAAGGAUCAGAUGAGAGUUGUGGUAGAUAAGUUUAAGGAUUUGGUUUCUAAGUCUCAAGGGAUGGAGAAUGUUUGUCUCCUCAGAGGAGUCUCUAUAAUUAGUGGAAGGAUUUGCCUCGUCAUGAAAUUCUAUGAGGGCUGUGUUGGUGACAAGAUGGCGCUGCUUAAAAGAGGAAAGCUUUCACUGUCUGAUUUAUUGAGAUACGGGAUUGAUCUAGUUACAGGGAUUCUUGAGUUUCACGCAAAAGGGUUUCUGAUUCUCAAUCUCAAGCCCUCUAACUUUCUUCUCCUUGAUAACGACAAGGCCAUCCUAGGGGAUGUUGGAGUCCCUUAUCUACUUCAUAGUAUCCCUUUGCCAAGUUCUGAUAUGAUAAUGAGACUUGGAACUCCAAACUAUAUGGCUCCAGAACAGUGGCAACCUGAAGUAAGAGGUCCCAUGUCCUUUGAGACUGAUUCUUGGGGGUUUGGAUGCAGCAUUGUGGAAAUGCUCACUGGUGUACAACCUUGGAGUGGUAAAUCCAUCGAUGAAAUAUACAACUUAGUGGUCAUAAAAAGAGAAAAGCUUACUAUCCCCAAUGCCAUACCGCCUCCUCUUGAGAAGCUACUUCAGGGUUGCUUUAUGUAUGAUCUUCGAAGCCGACCUUCUAUGACAGACAUCUUACACGUCUUCAAGAGGUUGCAGAACUCAGAGGAGGAAGAGUUCUGGUCCUUCUGGAGAGGCGUUGAUAGUAGAGAAAUCAGGAAGAGCUCAGCUAAUCUCGGUUACACAGAAUGGUUCCUUUCAAAGGAUCAACUGCAAGUAGGCGACACGGUGCGUUCAAGAAAGCCUGCCAAUUUGUGUAAGCAUGAGAACAUGGAUGUGCCAGAAGGAAAGGUGGUUGGUUUAGAACGUGACACUACCGACUCAGAUGGGUUUGCUCUGGUUAAAGUCCAUGGUGUUCAUGAUCCGUUAAGGGUUCUCGUAUCUGUUCUUGAAAGGGUAACUAAAGACUUGGCUUCUGGAGAUUGGGUACGUCUGAAGUAUGUAGGAGUGGCAGACAAGAGGUGUUCUCCAGUUGGCAUUGUCCAUUCAAUCAACCGUGAGGGAAUUGUAGCUGUUGGGUUUAUAGGGUUGCCAACUCUCUGGAGAGGGACUUCAUCACAGCUUCAGAUGGCUAAAGGAUACAGUGUUGGUCAGUUUGUGAAGAUCAAAGCCUUUGUUGUUACCCCAAGAUUCAAAUGGAUACGUAAAGAUAGAGGAGUUUGGGAAACUGGCAGAAUCUAUCAUGUUUUACCAAACGGUUGUCUCGAGGUAAAGUUCCCUGGAGCGUUGCCUUUUGGACAGGAACAUGGAAGCUGUCUUGCUGAUCCAGAUGAAGUAGAGCUUGUGGAUUUUAGUACUUGUGGAGGAGUUGUGCAGAAAUAUCAGCAUCUAGAGGACUUUCACUGGGCUGUGAGACCUUUACUGAUUGCCGUGGGUGUAUUGACAGCAAUGACGUUAGGAGGGUUAUUGGUUGGGAAGAAAGUGGGAAGAUCAAAGGAUAUCAAACAGCGAGUUGGCUCGAGUGGACAAUGUGAUUGUCAGAUUCGGAAUGGUCAGGAUAGGGUCGGUCUUUACCGUAAGAAAUCUGGCAAAUCUAAAUCUAAAUCUAAAUCUAAAUCUAAAUGGUUUUUUUAAGUUUUGGUGUUUAAGGAUGUGGUUAGGUUUUGUGUCUCAAACAUGGUCUAGUUAGUAAUGGAUACAUGAGUUUAUUAUAUGAGAUGAUAACAUUUUCUUUUU